CAAGGAGGCAAUGCGGGAACUGCGGCGCCAGAUCAACAAGAUGGCCGUUGGGUUCAUCCUUUCUGGUAGCGACGAGGAGCAUAUGAUUGAUACUGCAGGGGACGUCAACCCUGACAGCUUCAGUUCAGCGCCUCUUAGCAGCCCCAUGGAGGACGUAGCCGAGAACGCGGAUGACAUGGAGCGCCAGAUCGCAAGCAUGCAGAUCUCGGCGGAACGCGGGGAGGUCGACCACAGCGCCCCCAUCGGAGUCGACGCGGAAGAGGACACCCUCAAAGAGAUCCUCUUCAAGCCCGUCGAAAUCCCGGUGAGCAAGCUCCUCCCAGACGUACACGCGUUCCCCGACAUCUUCACGGUCAAGCCACGCGUCCUUUUCGCGCCCGUGGAGAUUCGGCACCAGUCUGUCAUCACUUUGGCUGAGGUCUUCCCCCCCUACUGGAGCGGCCCACUCUUCUCGGGCAACGCCUUUGCGGACGUCUUCGCGAGCGACACCUUCCCCAGUUCGUUCCCACAGGCCGGGAACGCCGCCGACAGCUAUGGCGGUUUUGGCACUUACGGUGUGCCAGAGAACACGGGCGAAACGCAAGACGUGUGCAUGGGACUCGCCGACUCCUCCUCCGAGGCCGAUGUGGACGAUGCCAUGGAUUUCGAUACCGAGGACGACAUCACCACAUUCAAGUCCUCAAUCCAUGGCCUGCGGUCUCACAGCAUCUUCGGAUCAGCCCACCCUGCCCCCCUGCCCCACCAGUUGGCCGCCACGACUUCUGCGUUCGGCUCGAGCGCGCCUGGUCACACUAACCAGACCUGCACCAGCCAGCAGUCAGGCUUCGCUGCUUUCGCCACCAGUUCCGGCAACGCUUUCUCAGCGUACAGCCAGAGCGCGCCAGGUAACAACUACCUGAGCCGCGCCGGCUCACAGUCGGGCUUCGGCGCCUUCGCGAACGGCAGCAACGGCAACGGCUUCUCGUCAUACGGCCAGAGCGCGCUGGGUUACAACUACCUGAGCAGCGCCGGCUUGCAGACUGGUUUCGGGCAGAGCGCUGGCUACAACCCCACGACAUACGACAACUACCCUGGGUCGCCGAUGCCAAUCGACGAGCCCAUGUCGUGGGGCCACAGCUCAAGCCACGCCCACCAGGCAGACGAGGAAAUGGGCUCACCAAUGCUGGUCGACGAGGACUUGAUACCCUUUGACUCGUAUCAGUCCGCCAACCAGGUCGACAGCAACGAGGAGUCACCGAUGCUGAUAGACCUAGACCUGGUCCCCUCCGCCUCUCCCGAUACGCCCGACUCCGACACCCCAAGCGGCUCCAGCAAAGAGCAGCCUGCACCAAGCACGCCGGACGUGCCUCUAGUGCCGGCGCCCUCCAAGCUGGAGUCCAUCAUGAAGUUGGAUCCGGAGAGCCGUGCCGGCCGCGCCCUGCGCUCCCUCAAGCGCCAGUCCUUCCCCUCGACGCCCCUGUUCGAGUCCUAUGACGGCCCUGUUACCGAGGGGGCGGUCCGGACCCUGACCGAGUGGGUGUACGACAUCACGGGCCCGUCCGAAUUCGCCGCGCCGGAGAGCGAGCUCGCCAAGCUCCGCCUCGUCAUGCCGCUGUACUCGAAGAAGGUGAUCGAUGCGCUCAGCACCCGCCUCCGCGGCUACCGCCCCGGCCGGCAGACCGUCAAGGCGCUCGAGGUCGUCUACUGGCUCGAGGAGGAUGCGGCGAGCAUGCGCGCCCUCAUCCGCAACUGCGAGAGCGGGUCUGUGGUCGCCGCGCGCGAAAUCGCCACCCGCAUCACCAUGAACCUCGACAAGACAGCGCCCAUCAAGGGAUACACCCCCACGAGUCGCGCGGAGAUCCGCUCCGCCAGCGUCGCUACCAGCCAGGCGGGCGGCGUCCCGAACCCGCGCCCAGACAGCGAGACGGACCGCGACGCACAGGGGCAGGGCAAGGCAGCCAAGCGCAGGAUGGAGGUGCAGGGCAGGAGGUAGUCAUCAUGGGCAAGGCGUCCAAGCGGAGGAUGGGGGGACAAGGCAGGAGGCAGGCAUCGUGGGCAAGGCGUCCAAGCGGAGGAUGGGGGGACAAGGCAGGAGGCAG